AUGGCGAACACUCAUGCCACCGUCACGCCUGUUCGGGAAGCGGACGAUCUCAGCGCGGCCAUAUCUCUCUUCACAGCGUACACCACUGCGCUUGGCAUUGACCUCGCCUUUCAGGACUUCUCGACCGAGAUCGCUUCCAUGCCAGGAAAAUACUCCCCACCCACAGGCGAGCUUCUGCUUGCGAAGGACAGGUCCGGGAACCCCGUCGGUUGUGUGGCCCUUCGGCCGCUACCGGCUCAUGGAAGCCAUAUUUGUGAGCUGAAGCGCUUGUAUAUCUCUCCAGCUGGCCGAGGAACAGGCACGGGAAAGAUCCUGGCUCUGGCCAUUAUUGAGGUCGCCGAGAGACUCGGCUAUCAAGAAAUACGGUUGGACACUCUCUCGACGAUGACGCCAGCUCUCAACCUGUACAUGGGUCUCGGGUUUGUUGACAUCCCGGCCUACUACGAGACACCGCUCGAAGGCACGAGGUUUCUAAGUCUGAAGCUACCGCGAAAAGCGCCCGAUGGUCAAGACCCGAGCUCAAAUCCCCCAAAUUAG